AUGGAGAAUUGGCCAAGAGCAACGUACAACAACCUGUACAAGUGGCCGGAAUCUGAUGUUGAGUUCAUGAAGAAGGUGAUAAUCUCUGGCGGAUAUGGAGUGGCCAACAAGGCUUUUUCAUGCAGACAGGCGUGCCUCAGAAGCUACACUUUCUCAAGAGAAGAGGAUAAUGAUAAUCAUAAUCAUCAUUGUUGUACGAAGUUGAAGCGCCUUUCCAAGCUUAAAAAGAAAAGAUCGGACAGAAGAAGAGGACGCUCCCCGAUUCCAUCAUAUGGUGGACGCUGUCAUGUACCUUCACUCUUAAUUGUCAAGACUGAUGCUUCCGGGCACAGAGUUGGCAGUUUCAUGUCCAUUGCCUCCUUUACAAUUGUGGCUAAAGGGAGUUGGAGAAUAUCGGUAUCCAUCAGUUAUUGG